AUGACAGUGCAGUUGGUACAUGGCAAGCUCCUGAAGCGAGAUAGGACCUUCCACACGUGGAAGCUACGCCAUGUUCGUAUGGACAAGGACAGUAUCUGCUGCGUCAAUAACCGAGGCGCCCGACGCGGCGAGCUUCACAGAUCUGCCGGCAUCCUCCCUGGAGGGGCGAUGGACAUUUCCAUUCGACUGUUUGAAGCACCCAAACCGUUUGGCUUUGAGCUGCGCGUGCGCGACGAAAAGUUGUUUUUUGCGGCCGACAGCGACAACGACCGCGAUAGGUGGGUGGAUGCACUCGUGGCUCAUUGGGGAGCGUCGCUCGAUCAAGCAUCCGUCAACAUCUCCACCGACCGCGAUCGAAACCCGGCGCUUCUGCGAUUCACCGCCACGGAACCUCAGCCUGCGCCGCCAGCCCUUUCCUCGACACACCCCGUCGAGGAAGACGACGAUGCCCCCCUGAUAUUACCCACGGUUCUCGGUCCGCUCAUCGAAACCGCGUCCACGAUCCAGUUCCCUUCCGUGCUCAAAGCGACGGGCGACGUGCUCAUGGGCGUUGGUCCGUUCAUUCGCCGCGUGCGGUGGACGUACGAGCCGAUCCUCGCGGUCGCACUGUACAUCGAUUCGACGGCAGUCAGCACGACGUUCGACGCCUUUCGCGGCCGGUCUCUUGCGAGCCUCUACGACGACCCAUCGUUCUACUCAUGUCUGCUGGACUCGCGCUUCCGCAAGACGUUUGUGUUUUCGUGUCGGAAACGCUUGUCUCGCAGUGCGUUGACCACCGCUUUGCAUGACGAGCUGCGACCGCGAAUCGGCAGCGGCGCCGUCGACGAGCUUGUGGAACUAAUGACGUUUGUGGACAAGUCGCUGCGCAAGGGCGAGAGCAUGAUCUGCACAAUCCACCCCGACGCGACCCUUCUGGACUUUCACUUCAAGGGGCUCUCGCAUCCGUCUCUUGUCGCGCCCGCGCUCUGCCGAUGUAUCCCAGCGCUGUUCUUCGACGCCAACUCCAUCCAAACCCACGCCAAGCGCGGCCUCAUCGAGCGCAUGCCGUACCUCUGGGGGCUCCUCCCUGCUUUCCCUACUUCGUUUUCACCACGAUCAUGCCGCAUCAGUCUCCCAAAAGACUUUGAAACUGACGACGAAUGCGAUCAAGAAGAAGAAGACGAGGGUGAGGAUGAGAGGGAUGAUGACGAGGAAGAAGAAGAAGAGGAUGGAGACGGUACCAACAACGACGACGACGACGACAUGGUCCCUUUCUCGUCCACGUUUGGACCUCUGAUCGACCUAACCUCGGCCGUCGUGUUCCCCGGCACUCUGGCCGCCUCCUCUAUAUCCGGAGGCACGUCCAUCGUCUUGCUUGGUACCUGCGGCUCGGCGGACGAAGGGGAAGCUCGGUGGACCGUGGGGCUGUACGUGGACGCCGCGGGUGCGUCCUCCCACCUCGUGCGGUUCAAGGGGCUGUCGUUCGGCAGCCUCGCGGCGGAUCCCGACUUUUCCAUGGCGUUUACGACCGGCGCGUUCGUCAAGUUCCUUCGCUUUUGGUCGUCAUGUCCACUUGUUCGUUGUCGGGGAUUGCUGCGUUGCUGGCGUCGUUGCUCCGAAAUGCGCAUUGCGACCACGAAGCCCAAGCCGUGA